AUGAUUGGGAAACGGAAGAGGGGCACGGCCGUUGUGUCGAGAGCUACAACUUCAGAUGACGAGGCCACGCCGCAGACAACCACCGAGUCCUCCCAGGACAUUUUCCGCAAAUUCUUCGAAGCUCAAUUCCAACCGUUGGAUGUACCUGGAGGUCAGGUAUCCCGCCGUGAUGAUUCAGAAGACGAAAGCGACGGGGAAGACUUGGAGGCUUCCGAUGCUGAGUCGGAUUGGGAUGGUAUGAGCGGAGACGAAGAGGAACCAGAGGAGGUUGAAGUAAUUGAGCAUCGGGACGUAAAGUCCCAGGACUUGAUGGACAAGAAAGCUCGCAAGGCCUUCAUGACCGCCAAACCGCCAUCCUCAAUCUCCGAGCGAACCACGGCCAAAACGCCGAAGAAAGAUACCGAGGAUGACAACGAUGACACCGAAAUUGAUGCGGACCAUCUGAAAAACGAUCUCGCACUGCAACGUCUCCUAAAGGAAUCCCACCUUCUCGACUCAGCGUCCGAUCUUGCUCCAACUGGCAAGAAUCGCAUCAAGGCUCUUGACUUGCGGAUGCAGGAACUAGGAUCUAAAGAGUCCUUGUACAAGCAAAAGAUGCCCUCUUCUCACCGGAGAGGCAUCAAAGCCAAGGCCGAGAUGAAGGAAAACAAGCGUCGAAAGGAAGCCAGAGAAAAUGGAAUUAUCCUCGAAAAACCGGCACCUAAGUCGAACACCAGCAGCGCCAAACGGCGAGAACGUGGUGUUGGAGGGCCCUCCGUCGGAAAGUUUGCAGGCGGAACUCUGAACCUGAGCAAACAUGACGUAGCCGCUAUCCAAGCAUCAGGCCGGUCAAGCAGCAGAGGCAGAGGCAGGGGCGGUGGCAGAGGCAGAGGCAGAGGCAGAGGACGUCGCUAG